UCCCUGGCCUCAUACAACGCGAGGUGCCAUCAACCUAGAAGCAGCUGGCGACUAAGGGACCAUCCAUCCUUUUUCAGGCUAUUUUGCCACAAGUAGAUCGCAGCAGGUUGGCAAAGACACAAUAGCUUUCGUGACGCAUCUCACGCAGCGUUGCAAGAUUAUUGCGAGUGAGCGAGUCAAAGGUGGAUCGUAUUUACUUCUCCGUCUUGCAGCACUGCUUUGUCAGUUAUUCGACAAAGACGGGAAAUCUUGCCGCAAGGCUCUUGUUUUCCAUCGUGCUUGGCUAUAUUGGCUAUGUCGGUGCUCAACCCAAGCGGGUCGCUCGAGCCAUGGCCAUCCACUUUUCAUCAUUGAUGGGUGCUCUUGCUAUUUCUGUUGCCGUCUCCAGAAUCAUGACGGUUGCUGGUCUGCAUAUGAAGUGGUUUGCCAGUAACUACAUUUGCUUGGUACUCUACCUCCCGGCAGCCUUGCUUGGCUUCUUGGUUGCAAGCGUCGCCUUCCCAACGACCAGAAUCGAAGCCCAUCAAGCAUCACUUUUGUUCUUCAGCAUUAUGAGUCUGCUCCCAAUCGGCACUUCAUCCUGGAUGUUUUGCCAGACCCUCAGUUUGCUGUAUGCUGCAAUCCUGCCAGACACACUCGUCAUGUGGUUCACCGGCUCUGCUCAAGCAAUCUUGUUUGGCACAGAAGGCUACUGGUCAGUCCUUGGCAUCUUUGUACCCCUCACAGGUCGACUUGGCGGUGAUGCACCUGCAGAAACCAUUAUUGCCAUUAUUGUUGCUGUGUUGACCUUUUUUGGUCUUCCCUCGCUCCCAGCAUACUUGGCCAGUUUGACACAAGCGACGCGUCAACGAGCGCUGGGCGCCACCAUCAUGGCUAUGCUACUAGGCGCACUGCUGCUCUCUACACGUACCGUAUGGGAUGCUGCACACCCACGACGCGUCUUCUCACAACACAUGUACAACUUGACCGAUGGUCUGGCAUCACGGCUGCAAGGUGCUGGGAUUGCGACUGGACAAGCCGUAUCGAUGCCCAUGAAUGAGUGGGUGGCCGAGUGGGAUGUCGUCUAUCCCUUCUCACAAUUCUUGGAUAGCUACAAGGUGCCGCUGGAAACGCCAGCACUGCAAGCGUUGUCAGCUGGCUACGAGACGCCAACGUUAGAAGCGAAGCACCAGGUGCGCAGAGGUGGAUUGGUUGAUCUUGUGCUUGAGGUGAAACAUGCUGGACUCAUCUGGACGGUCAUGUCGUUUGACGCUGAUGUGGUGGAUUGGUCCCUGCCGCGUGGUAUCCAAGGGUAUGGACGUCAUCACGUCAAGCAUGUUGGUACAGAUGGUAUCAGCAGUCAUACGCUGACUAUGACGCUCAAUGCUACACCUGGAUCAAGCUUGUUUAUUGACUUUGUGGGCAUUGACGUGGAAGCCAUGUAUCCGCACAAUAAGCACAAGGCAGGCGCCCUGUCGCACCCUGUCAUGGCACUGUUUCAUGAAAUCCGCAAUGUGCAGGCGCCUACCGAGCGAGACGCCGUCGAUAUGACGAGCUCGGGUAUGCUGGCUGCGAGAUUUGAGGUGAAGCUAUAG